UCUCUCUUCUCUCUCUCAUACGCGCACUGGUGUGGUGCGCGCAUGGACUUUUGGGCUUUAGGCUUGAAGCUCGCUCACCACCAUUCAAAUUCAGUAUUGGGUGGCUGACUCGAUCGGCUUUGAUUCCACGAGAUAUUUGACCUCAUCCUAUUCCGAUUGUUCGAUGCAGAUUUGGAAGCUCUGAAAAUUACCCCCAUUUUUUUAAUUUUGUUCCUUCCUAGUUCCUACUCUCUCUCUCUCUCUCUCUCUCUCAAUUCAGAGAUGGCGCUUCAAUGAGUGAAGGCAAACCCACUUCAGCUUCAGUGAAUGGUCCGUCGGUGACGGUCAUGUCGUCGGAAUCCUGUAGCUCCAGCUGGCUUCUGCGUCUGCCAGAUGAUGUGUUUUCCAUUGUCAUCUGCUCCCUUUCACCUCGGGACAUUUGUAAUCUCGGUCUUUGCUGCCGGAGUUUUUCUGAACUCGUUUACUCCGAUAAGGUCUGGCUCACCCAAUGCCAGAUGCUUGGAAUUGUACCUCUCCAAGACCUUCUUGUCUGGCGUCAAGCCGUCUCAUCUUUCAAGGCGCUUUGCCGCUUUCUCUGUAGUGUUCAGCCUCUCAUGGGAAUUUGGGUUCACCAGAAUCCAGAGCUUGGCAAUGUAGUCUAUGUCAUGCCAGGUUUUGUUUCCGUUGUUGGCUGCCGCAUUAUACCUCAAGAACUCGGCCCGUUAGGCAUUGAGGAUGGCCCUCUUCUCUGGGCUCCUGUAUUUGAAAUUAUUGGUGAUUCUGAUGGUUCCUCGUCCUUUUUUCUACAUGGAAGGGACAAGGGACAGGACUAUGUCUAUCCUGGUUUUGUGAAACCUGUUGGCAGGUCAUGCAAUGUUCUGUUGCUUGAGAUCGAGCCUAGACCCCAUAAAAAUGGGGUUGAAUUGUUGCACGGCAAGAGUUUUGUUAAUGACUCAGAUAAGGAGCUGUCAAGGAAGAUUUGUAGGUCGAAUAGUGAACUUUCAAGGUCACAGAGGGUGUUUCAGCAGAGUGAGACUUCAGUGCCCUUCAGUCGUUUGGCUUUCAGUGACAGGAGAAAAUUGCUUGAGGUUUUCAUGAACCAAAUCCGUCUAAAGGUUCCCGAUGCAGCAAUUGGGCCACUCUUUCCAAGGUUGAGGGGUAGUGGGGAGAACUCUCAGAUUGGUACAGCGCUCUUAUUGGAACGAAGAUCAUUGCUUUUUCAAAUGCGUAAACUUGGUGGAUAUCAGAUGGAUUUGAAGGAAAGUAAUCUGCUUCCUCCGAAUCCCACUCAACUGCGGUUAAGUGAGAUCAGAUCUUGUCUUGAUCAGUCAAGUGGUUCGCAAAGUUCUAUCAAUGAGGAUGAUGGCCACAGACAAUGCAACAGGAGGAGAAGUCUUGGCAGGUACUUUAGGGAUAGCAUCAAUCAGAUGCUGGGAAAGUCAAUCUCUGUCAAUGGUAAUUCAAAGAAUAGUUCUUCCAGCAGUGAGAGUAAGUAUGCAUCCCUUCAGGAUUUUCUGAAAUCAGGUGAUACAAUAGAACUGACUUUACAUGCUUCCACUGUGAAGUUAUCUUCUUAUCGAGCAUGGCCAAACAUGCAUGAAAGUCGAUUUGCCCUAUACAAAUUGCCUUUGCGGAUCCCAACUGCUGAGCAAGAGUAUGCUGGUUUAUGGGGAGGCACUUUUGGGUGGCCUCCCGGGAGGCCGACCAAAGACAAGCCUGGAAAGGCUCUCUUCUUCCUUUUGCUUUCUUAUGAAGAGUGCGAGGGGCAACAGUUUCUAAUUGCAACCAAAAUAUUAGAGGGUACCCACUAUGUUCUACACCCUAAUGGCUCAGCCAUGUUUAUAGUAAAUAUCGAUGAACCUUCAUUGGAUCCAUUCCCUUGGGAUACUGAUGCUGAUUCCCAUCCCGUGAAUGUUAAUCAUGCUUUUAAAGGUGAGGGUAUUGCCAACGGGUAUGGUUUUAGAUACCCUGGCUCGAAACCCGGUUCCCUCUUUGUGUUUGAAGAUGGUCAACUUGCCUUCAUUUGGAAGGAGUCCAGGGCUGUCUUGACUUUGCAGAGGUUGGACUUGCAAGAGCUUUUGAAAAAAGGCGAAAGGGUGCCUGCACUACCUCCAAUUGCUAACUUUUCAUACUUAACCAAGUCUUACUCAAAUGUGUUUGCUGAGUUCCCAAGCAUCUCAACUUCGUGGGCGUCAACAAGGCAGGAGCCGUCUGACACCCCUAGGUGAACUCUGAUCACUAUAGAUGAGGCUUUUGCGUAAGCAGGACGGGCGACGCAUGAUGUAGAGACUGAACAGAUAUUGUACCUGCAUUGCUUGAUUACUUGAUACACACGCGAGGCUAAGAAUUUCUCAGCUGCUAAUAAUGGCCGGAAUAUGCAAAUUCGAUGUCCUUAAUUUCGUCUUCAAGUCUUUUCUCUUGGAUGACAUAGAGGUGAUGUUUACUAUUUUUCUUUUAUGUUUAAAACAGUACAUGUCUAUGGACAAUAGUUUGCCCAUGUAAAUGAUUCUGCCACUAUACCCCCUCCAUCUUGCUUUUUACAACUUUGAAAGGAGCUUAAAGUUGAUGGUGGGUACUGGGUAGGUAGGUAGGUACUUGUGUUUUCUACAUAUAUGAAUAACAAUACAAGGGAAGGGGUGCAAGUGAGAUUGAAAAUUUCGUUUUCGACCGUAACGAAUUGUAUUAAAUUUGUUUGUGUUGGAUCAAUUGUAAGGAGGUCGAAGGUUUGCUUUGCUUUA